AUGACCAAAUCCCACGAGGACCAAGUCAAACAGGCUCAGAUGGAGGGCACGUGGGUCAAGGCCACAACUAUCAACGGCCAACUAUAUGAAGGAUUGAUAUUCUCUUUUGACGAGAUCUCGAAAUUACUAGUAUUGCAAUCACCACCAACUACUCCAGUCACAAAUGUCCUGGCUCCUAUGAAAUACGACUUUCAUCUGCUUAAAAUAAGCUUCAUCAAAGAAAUCACUCCACUGUCGCCACCAUCUCAUAUCAUAGUAGGAGCACCUGCACUGUUAAACGGACAUGCAUCAACAUCACAACCUGCUAAUAGUGGCAGUAAAACAUUAGCACAGCAACAGCAGAUAUUCUCACUCGCCCCCAUCACCCCAAUCCCUCUCGAUAAAAUACAGCAACGGGAAGCAGCUGCCUUACGUGCCGAACAACAAAAACUAUCACGAAUCAAUGUAGGGGCUGGAGAGCAGGGACAGGUUAUAUUCGAUACAUUCGCAAAGACCAUGAAAACAAAAUGGAUUAAGGACUCUAUAGUUGUCGCCGACGAGGUCGUCAUACCUCCGCCGUAUAUAGUCGAGGGGUGCAAGUUUGUUGAUGGGAAGAAGCACGAUGCUGGGCUUUUGGAACGAGUAAAGGUCAUGCUCGAUGCUCAACGUAAAAAGAUGGGGCUUACAUAA